AAAAUAUUGGCGAAGAUUAAUGAGUGCCAGGUCAAUACUUACGGACAAUACAUAACACGUAUAUAUCAGUCAGUUCUAUCUUUCAUAAUACAAACGUUUAAGGACAAAAUAACGUUACAGUAAACUAAAGUCACUGAGCAGCAGCGAUAAUGGAAAAAACUGUUCACACUAACAAUGCUUCAAUUAGACUUUUACGGGGACAGAGAACUGAAGCAAGGGAUAAAACACAUGAGCAAAGAAAGCCAAAGAAAAAGCGAAAUAUGGACUCUGAAACAGUUGGUCAGUUUAUUCCACAAGCUUCUCGUUUAACAGAGCAAAACUCAAUUACUUGUUAUCAAGUGACAGGGGCGUCUUAUUCACAGCCAAUAGUACCACCUGAAAACGUAUCAUUUCCGACGCAAGUCAGCGAUCAGGAAGGAUCAAACAUAGAUGAACUUGUGUUCUCUAAUGGUAAAUCUAUCAGGGUUGAUUAUGCUGCUGCAAGCAACCGAACACCAAUAGAUAUACAAGCACCGAAUGUUGGAACGGGCUUUGUCAGUUACACUAGGAAUCCUGACCGUCAACAAAAAUCUGAGGAAAAUUAUGUUCCAAGUAAUCAUUGGGGACAAAAUUUGUCUAAAAGGCCACUUAGGCAACCGAGGUAUCCAGAAUAUACAGAAUAUGACAAAAGGCUGAAAUCUUUUGCAAGGUGGUGGAAAAAUCACCCAGAUUCAAUCACACUUUGUAAUGCCGGCUUCUUUUAUACAGAUAAAGAAGAUCUCGUCCGUUGCUAUCACUGUGGCGUAGGACUCAAGGAUUUCUCUGAUGGUGACAACCCCUUGAAUGAGCAUGUUAAAAAUUCUAGUGAGUGUCCUUACCUUCAAGAAUACCUUGGCUCAGAGGGAUUAGCAAGUAUGAAGAGGCAAGUACAAACCAAAGACAGCCAACAUAACCUAGAAGAGUCACCAAACACAUUCGCUGUCAGACAUCCAGAGUACCAGUCAUAUCAAGUAAGGCUUUCUUCAUUUUCUCGAUGGCCACAGAGCUUGCUGCAAAGACCAGAACAGCUUGCAGAAGCAGGACUGUACUACACAGGUUUAGAAGACUAUGUAAGAUGUUUUGCCUGCGAUGGAGGACUCCGGAAGUGGGACCCUGAGGACGAUCCUUGUAUCGAACAUUGUCGCUGGUUUCCGGAUUGUCCGUUUGUUAGGAAACAGAAAGGCGAUCAGUACAUCGGUCUUGUACAAUCAACUAAGGCAAUUGAAAACCAAAAAACACUUGGUACCGAAGAGGCAGCAGCACAUACCAGUCCAGGAAACGAUAUAACAGGUGAACUGGAACGUCUUACACUAAAGGACCCUGAACUUAAUGCUGUUGUUGAUGAACAUAGAGAGGCAUGUCUAGAAAUGGGAUAUUCAGAAAAAGACAUUAAUAUUGCAUUGAGGAAACUGGCAAAGGAAGGUAAUAUCAGACCAACUAUCGAAGACCUUCUUGAUGCCAUAGAGUCUGCAGAACAGAUAGAGAGUGAAGCAAAUGUUCAUGAAAAUGAGACGCCGAUAGAAAAAAACGUUCGCUUGAAAAGCAUGCUGUUCUGUAUGACGUGUGGUGUUAAUGCAGUGAAUGCCUUGUUUCUUCCUUGCACCCAUCAUAGAAUGUGUAUGACUUGUGCCCAACGACUUUCACAGUGUCCUAUAUGUUACAGACAUAUCAGACAGAAAAUUAAAACAUAUUUGGUUUAAUUACUUGUAAUCUAAUAAAGAUGUUGUUUUGUUAUUAGGUUGGCCCCAUUCAUAAAACACCGUGUUAUCCCGAACACGUGAUCGGUAGGUACACCGAAAUGCGGAGGCUACUGCCUCACAGGACACAAUCGAGCCCAUCCAUCUAUUGUUGCCAAUAUGUAGGUAUUCUGAAAACGAAUUUGAAAUUCAUUUUUGUUGACAUUUUAUAGAUAUGUAUAAAAUAAUAGAAGAUAAUCAUUAAUUGCAUUAUUCAUUUUACUUUAUAUAACGCAGGUUACACAGGUACAUGUAAGAUGCAGGAAACUAGUUUUCAUAAUAUCAAUGUAUCAAUCUCACAUCUACAUCGUAUAUUUUGGCAUUAAUUUGUCAUUAGGUUAUGGUGUUGUUACUAGCACUGGUUUAAAAUGCCUGUCCAUUAUAAUGGAAUUAACGAAUAUGAAGAGGACAUUUUACAAUACAACAUAAUAACAGUUUGUGAAUUAAGUCCCAAUUUAUUGUACUGUAGAUGACGGGUAUAUACAAGGUACAAUAACAAUUGUAUCAUUCAUUUUAUGAACAUACCUUUGCUAGUGUUAUAUGUUGGUCCGAUUGUAGUGUUACACUAUUACUGUUUCGUUUUGGACAGGCUAUAUUUUAGGGAAUGGGGUAAGACACUGUAAGAUACGGUAUGAACUGAAAAUACGUUCUACAGAGUGGACGCUACAAAACACUUUCAAAUUGAAUUUCAAGCCAUAUUUGACAAUUGAUAUUACCACAUAUAACAUUAACAGCUUACAUGCAACAAGAACACAAAGAUAUUUUGAACGUAUGAGGCUACCUAAAAUAAUUGUGUUUAUACAUUGUAUUUUCUAUUUCAAACAAACAAACAACAUAAAUUUUCUGAUCGGUAAAACUCAUAAUUACAACCUAAAACACUCCAAAAGCUUCAAUAGUGUAAAUUAAAUUAAUAACAGUUAAAGUGACAAUUAAAGCGCGCAUUAAAACGUUUGCUAAAAAAGAAAAUUAUGAGUGUAACUUCCCCAUAUUAUUCACCACUGAUACUGAAAAAAAUAUUAUCUGCUUGCCAAUAAAAAGUAAAUAUGAGAAUACAUGCGUUGUUCAAAUCACUUUUUGAAACUCUUUAUAGCAAGUCUAGUUUAAACAUAUUAGUAUGUCAUUUUAAAAGAUCUUCGGAUUUAAGAUAAAUUGUACAAAUAUUCAUAUGGUGUCAUUUUUGAAAAUACCUUUGUGUAAAACCAUUUGAAAAAAUCAAUAGAAAAUCGAAUAACUAAACAUUUAAGGAUUGGCAUAUGAUAUUUUCUGUUCAAAGCAUUGUACAUUUUUUAAAUAUUAUUGCCGAUACCGGCUAUAUAUUUUGCAGCCUUUUUAUGUAUACAAACUAAUUCCAUUAAUCCAUCAUUCAUAUAAUGUACAAAGUGAAAUUUUGCUGAAGAUCCGAAUAUUCAGAAGGACAGCUUAAGAUAUGAUCUUGCUCCAUGUUGCAAACUGGACGGCAGUCUGGUAUUUCUUGGUACGUCUUUUUCUUAUACGCCUUUUCCUGGUACGCCUGGCCAAAUAUUUGAUCACAGUGCAACAGAGACCCCAGAAAGCUUAUUGAAUAUAUCUAUCAUGUAAUUCACUAUUGGAAUUGACGAAAUAGAUAAUAACAAAAACACAGUUAGAAAUUAGUUUAUCUUGGAAGAGUAA